CUCCUACAGGAAACUAGAUUAUAAAUCAACUAUAUCAUGAAAUAAUUAUUGAACAUUUCUCCAAACCUUUGGAACGAAUAUUUGGGACUUCUCAUCAACAUGAAGUCUCUAUCCCUUACUCGUACAAAAAGGCUUUUAAGUACAAAGUUCCAGUUAAUAUGGACUUGGGCAGCGACCUAGAAUCCAUCCUCAUGCAAUAACAAGACCGCGAGCAUGGACGAGCUCCCCAAGACCAAAUCCCGAGAAAUCGAAUAUCUCUACUUCGACUUGGACAUACCACUCCUAACAUCAAUCAUCACUUCACUCCCUGGACCCGGACAAUCCUCGCCAUUAAAACCCCCCGACUUGAAGAAAUAUGGAUCGCCAUUUCUAUGGCCUAAAUGGUGCAAACCCAUUAUGAUUUGAAUCUCAUGCGCAGUGAAAGCCCUCGCCGGUUACUCUGCAGGGGAAGCCAGGCCAGCCCGGCGUCAACAGAGCUGACCGCAGAAUGGGGUGUCAGCUCGAUGGUGUACAACCUGGCUAUUACGAUCUCUUGUGUGGGGUUUGGGCUUGCACCGAUGCCUACACUGUCGCAUGCGAUGGAGCACACAUUCUUUUGCUG